AGAGCUCAUUCCUCUCUCAUUUAUUCCUCAUGACAGAGGCACAAAAAGUAGUUUGUUAUGUGGAAAUAAAAACAUGCAUAUUUUCUAAAAAAGAAUUAGUAAUGAAUUAUGAAUAGUAACGUGUAAAUACAAGUGAGAAUGUAGACAAGAAUUUCCUUCACACAAAGAUCAGUAUUUUUCACCAAAGAUCAGUAUAUAUGAACGAAAGCACCCAGUUGUUGCUUGUGGGCUUCUCAGAUUGCUGACCUCAGAGAUCAUCGAUAUAUUCAGUGUACUCCCAGUUGCGUUGGCAAUUGCUUAGUGACGACAACACGUGAUAAUUCCGAGACGACACUUGAGUGUGGAAUUUUUGUAAUUUAGCACGUCUAGUCGGUUUUCCAGAAUUCUUAACAUUCCUGAAGCUUUCGCUGUUAUGGAUCCUGUAGGGAGACUGGAUGAGCCAAAUGCUCCAUUUGUUCCUGUUACAAUUCACGAGGCUACCAUUUUCGAGGGAGCACGUAAAAUUCUCGAAAAGAUUCGCCCCACCUGGCCCAGUGAAGGCAUCGAAUUCAAGCUCUUCACUGAUGGCAUCACCAAUAAGCUAGUCGGAUGCUUCUACGGAGAUGUUAAGGAUACCGUACUUAUUCGUGUUUAUGGCAACAAAACGGACUUGUUGAUCGAUAGAACAGCCGAAACACGAAAUAUUCGGAUGCUGCACAGCUUUGGCCUAGCCCCUCAGCUCUAUGCAACAUUCAACAAUGGCCUAGCCUAUGAAUUUGUGCCAGGAGUUACUCUCACUCCAGAAUCCGUCAUUGAGCCAUCGGUAUGGACCCUUGUGGCACAAAAAAUGGCUCAAAUGCACAGGCUACAGUGCUGGACGGAGAUCCCACGCAUUCCAAUGCUGAGGGGCAAACUAGAAAAAUUCCUCAGCCUAAUUCCGGAGACAUUCACCAGGUCAGAGAUUCAUGUUCGAGUAAAGGAUCAAUUUUUGCCUCUCUCCAAACUCCGUGCCGAAGUGGACCAACUUUGUGAUCACUUGGAACGUCUCGGGAGUCCUGUUGUGUUCUCCCACAAUGACCUCCUCCUUGGCAAUGUGGUGUACACCGAAUCCCUGCGACAGGUAACAUUCAUUGACUACGAGUAUGCCGCCUACAACUACCAGGCAUUCGACAUUGGGAAUCAUUUCACUGAAUUUGCCGGCAUCGAUGAGGUCGACUACACACGCUACCCAUCACGUGAAUUCCAAAUGAAUUGGCUCAGAGUGUACCUCGAGACAUUCCAGCAUCCGCAAAAGGUGACGCAAAAUGAUUUGGAUCGUUUGUACGUUCAUGUGAAUCAAUUUGCCCUCGCAUCGCAUCUCUUCUGGACCGUCUGGGCGCUCAUUCAGGCUGAACAUUCAACGAUUGAUUUUGAUUUUGUUAAAUUUGCUCAAGUCCGCUAUGGGGAGUACCUGGCGCGAAAGGAUGAAUUCCUGGCACUAUCCUAUGAGAAUUGAUGCCGCAUUAAUACACCAAAGGACAUUCCUGCACUUAAUCUUUUUUUUAAUAAUUCGAAAAUUCAAACCAAAAUUGUUAAUUGUUAAAAAAAAAACUUUUUUAGAUUAUCAAAAUUUUUCAAUCUGGAGGCUUUAAGAAAAAAUGAUAAAUUUGAAUAAAAUUCCUUUUAAUUUUAAA